GUACGACACAUCCUGUGUGAGAAGCAGAGCAAGUCAUUAGAAGCCCUUGAAAAACUCAAAUCAGGCAUGAAGUUUAAUGAAGUUGCUGCCCAGUAUUCAGAAGAUAAGGCUCGAAGUGGGGGUGACCUUGGCUGGAUGACAAGAGGCUCAAUGGUUGGACCCUUUCAAGAUGCAGCCUUUGCUUUGCCCGUUUCAUCUCUAGGAAAUGCAGUGUACACAGAUCCACCUGUGAAAACUAAAUUUGGCUACCACAUUAUUAUGGUGGAGGGUAAAAAGUGAUGAAAGUUAUUUGGUAUAAUUUUUAAUUUCAUUUAUUUCAAUGUGCAUGUGAGUUCCAUACGAAAGUUCCAGAUGAAAAUGUAUCCGGAUUUCGAAGACAUAGGAAGAGGAAUGGUGACAAUAAACAUAAUCAAUUAA